AAGCUAUACACACAUAAACACUCCUUCUCCUUCCAUAUCAAAAUCUCCCAAAUGGGUCGACCCGAAUUCACAAUUGAACCCACCAAAGCCAAAUCCAUGGCCUCAUCCUCGUCCCUAACUCUCACCCAACUCCUCCCAUCACUCCUUACCUCUGCCCAAACCCUUGCCCGCCCGCCCAUCUCCAAUUUCCAUGUCGCCGCUGUCGGACUCACACAAUCGGGUCGAAUCUUAAUCGGAGUCAACGUUGAGUUCCAAGGUGUACCCCUUCACCACUCCAUCCACGCCGAACAGUUUCUCCUCACAAAUCUCUUUCUCAACAAAGAAACAAAUCUUCACUCAUUCGCCGUCUCCGCCGCCCCAUGUGGCCACUGCCGUCAAUUCUUCCAAGAACUUCGCGGAGCACAAGACAUUCAAAUCAUUGUAACAUCUGAACCCGACCCGAAAUUCACAAAACUGUCUCAAUUUCUUCCAUUCAGAUUUGGACCGCUUGAUCUUCUCCCUCAACAAGCUUCUCUGUUCUUAGAACCGCGUAACAACGGCCUAACGCUUCUUAAACUACCCAAUGAGGGAUUCAAUGGUGAAUCCAUUCAUGAAAAGUUACAGAUUGCGGCUUUAGAAGCUGCGAAUAAUUCUCACGCGCCUUAUAGCGAUUCACCAUCUGGGGUGGCAAUUUUGGAUUGUGGUGGGAAUAUUUAUAAAGGAAGUUAUGUGGAAUCGGCGGCAUUUAAUCCUAGUUUGGGUCCACUUCAGGCGGCGGUGGUGGCGUUUAUUGUGGGAGGUGGUGGUGAGUAUGAUGAGUUUGUUGGCGUUGUGUUGGUGGAGAAAGAUGGAGCUAAGGUGAAACAAGAAGCUACUGUUAGAUUGUUGUUGGAAGCCAUUGCUCCAAACUGUUACUUCCAUGCUUUUCUUUCUUCGAUUUGAUUGUAACAAACUAUGGUAAUUUGGUGGAAGGUGUAUAAAUUAUUAAUUAAUUAUUAUGAUUAUGAUAUGAUACCUUUGUUAAGUAUUCUGGGUACUAUUUAUUACGUUUAUAUUAAUAUUUGGAUCUUGGACCUA